AUGAUGCAGCCAUCAACUGAAGGGUGCAUGAACAUUGCGGAGUUGGCUAAUCAGCUACGUCGAGAGAAAAUAUUUAUUAAUUCUGAGCGACAGCUGCUUCAAAACCUCAACGAGGAAGUGGAAAAAAGCGUCCAGGAGUUGCUGCAAGCAGCAUGGAUAUGUUCUAUGCAGCGACAGAACUUAACUAAUCUUAUUGCAUCAAGAUGUGAAGCUGAGUCUAUUGCAGCUUGUCAAAGAGCAAGUCUACUUGAGGGUACCACUUUCAUUGAUGCCUAUAAAGUCUUAAGAUAUAAGGAAGCUACAGCUUUGGGAGAACUUCUAGGAUGGCUUCGCGACACGCCACAUCUGGUAGCUCUGUGCCUGAUGCUCGGCGAGGACCACAUGCCGCCGACGCUGCCGGCAUCACUUGUCGCAGGCCUCUACGGAAGCUGUCGACUACCCACAGACAGGACUCGGUUCUUAGCUGUCAUACGCUCUUUGAUUAAACAUCAAAUGACAACAACCAGUGACCCAAGAAAGUUGUUUCGCACGAGCAAGUGCGCGCUGGCGUCGUUGUACGCGACGUUUCGCGACGGUCAUACACCGGCGCGGCGCUUCCUCGUCGCAGCCCUACACGCACCUAUCAUGGCUGUUCUCCAUGAGGACGAGUUCUUCCUGGACAUCGAUCCCGACAAGGCCAUGGAAAGAUUUUCUGCGUCAGAUCGUAUAAAGAAAUUCGGUCAAGCGAACAGCAGUGAGUACUCGACGAAAGUCGCUCGAUACCGCAAGUGGACUGUACAGUCGCUGUACAACCUUACCAGUAAGUUCAUCGUGUCGUUGAAGGAACAUUGGCCUAACUUUCCCGCGACCAUCGCUUGGAUUGUACAGCAGAUUGUACAUUUGUUGAAGCAGCAUUCGAGGAUCAGCGAGCGCGAACUGCAUGCGAUCUGCACGGACCUGGUGUUAAGCCAAUUCAUCUGCCCGGCCAUAGUGAGCCCGGAGGCGCACGGAGUCGUGGACGUGCCUGUUUCCUACGUGGCGCGCUUCAACCUCGUACAGAUUGCGCAAAUCCUGCAGAUGCUCUGCUUGGCCUGCUACCAGGAGCCUAAGUCAGGAAGACUCUACGAAAAAAAUGUUGAAGUGACAGCUGGUGCUCAGGUACAAUCACCGUCAGCAGAAUUCAUCGUAGAACAGCAUAUUAUUAGAGAACAAGAAUGGUUUACACAUCCCUCCGAAGCCAAACGAACGCCCGAGAUUGGGGUUAUUACGCCCUCCGGUGAGUUUGUAAUGGAAUAUACAACACAGACCCAUCCUGUAGAAACUGAAAGGCACGAUAAAAACAUGAAAAAUCAAUUAGACACUGAUUUUAGUUCAGGAUCGGAUGAAUUAUAUGCCCCACCUGAAAGUGAGAAUGACAGAGAGGUACAAGCAGAUGAUUGUGUUGGAUCAGUCAUUGAAAUAUCAAUUCAAGAUGGCCUGGUGGCUAAUGUAACGUCACAACAACAGUCGCAAUCGAUAUCGGACACAGACAAAAAUAUUCCAGAUCAAGAACAACCAAAACCAAGAAAACGUAAAGGUCAAGUUAACACGAAUGCGUGGAAGAGAUUUAAAAAUGCUAAGUUAAGAUUAGAGGGAAAGUCUUAUGUUGGGUUUGGAAAACAGAAAAGUGGUAAAUACAAGCAAAAUAAAAUAAAAGAAGCUAAAUGCUUAGGUCCAAGAUGUAAUGGGCAUCCACAGCCGACAACAGUUAAAGGAGGCCCAAAACAAGAUUUCAAAUGUGAUACGAUUAGUGAGGAUGAUCGAAAGUCAAUACAUUCACACUUUUGGAAUCUGUCAUCUUGGGAGGCUAAAAAAGUUUACGUCACUGGGUGUGUAUUGCGGGCACGUCCAAAGUAUAGACGAAAGACUACUGAUAUUACCACUUCAAGAAAAAAGACUGGCUUUAUAUUCUACUUAAGUAUGAAGGAAAAUGGAGACGAUGUGAAGAAACGUGUAUGCCGAAAUAUGUUUAUAAACACUUUAAGUAUUGGUGAGAAGACGGUACGCUCAUGGACAUUAUCAGACCAACCCAGUACAAGCCUUGAAAAUGAAGAUCAUCAAGCGCCGGUCCGACGACAAAAAUCAAACAUGGUUAAGAAUUUAGAGGAGUUUCUGAAUUCACUGCCUAAAUUAGAAAGCCAUUAUUGUCGAGCAUCAUCCAAUAAACACUACGUUGAGUCUUUGUGGUCUAGUCUAAGAGAGAUGUACCGCUUUUAUAAAGAUGAGUGCCAAAUACAAAACAAACUUGCAUCAUCCUGGAAAACCUUCUACAAUACUUUGAAAUUUAUGAACUUAGACCUUUAUAUUCCCAAAAAGGAUCAAUGUAAUACAUGCACACUGUAUAAGACAGGAACAUGCGAUGAAGAAACAUUCCAGAAACAUAAGCAAAAGAAACUAUCAGCAAGAGAAGAAAAAACGAAAGACAAAGAACGAUGCAUUAAUUGUCCUAAUACUGCAACCUAUACCGUAGAUCUACAGGCGGUGCUAUUGGCUCUAAGACUAAAUGCAAGUGCAAAUUACUAUAAGACUAAGUUGAAGGUCCACAAUGAGACCUUCUUCGACUUAAGUACUAAAGAUGCCGUAUGCUAUGUUUGGCACGAAGCAGUGGCAGGGAUUGAAAGUGAUGUGGAUCCGAAAGUGCGCGAUCUGUAUAGUAAGUUCGAGCGGGCGUGCGUGUGGUCGCUGGUGGAGAGCGUGCGCUCGGACGCGUGCGCGCCCGCAGCCGCGCCGCCGCACACUGAAGCUGCGCCGCGCACCGACGCGCCGCCGCGCGCCACGCUCGCGCUCUUCACGCCGCAAGACGCACACGCACUCAUAACAUUCCUGAAAAAAAUCUCAUCAAAGUUAAACAACAACACUCCAAGUCUCACAUCUGAAGAAUCAAUUGGCCCUGGACUAGUUGUGGAUGCAGCUGGCUUUAGUAGCGAGGGAGGCGAAGGUGGAGAAGGUGAAUGCAGUGAGGGUGCGGCACGGUUAGCGGCGCGACUGCAGACCGUGGAGCCCAACUACCGCGCGCGCCUACACGACCUGUUGCGCAAGCUGCCCGAUCUGCCCGCGCUGCUCGCCUGCAAAUCAACUGCAGAAUCAAAAGAUACAGUAUCAGAAGGCGGGCAUAGCAAACGCAGCAUACUAGCAAAGGUACCUAAGCCGCGUCUACCACGGAGUGCGAGCUCUAGUUCCUCGCUAGAUGAAAAGGCAGUAAAUGGCGCCGAAAAGGAAGAGUUAGAGCAUCUUGAGGUGCUGGUAAUAAAGCUGGCCAACGUCGAGGAGAAUGAUUAUGUUGGGAUGGUGCCGGAAUCGAAGGUGCUGGAGAGCUUCUACGUGGGCUCGGAGGCUGGCGACGCGGAGGAGGCGGCCGCCGCGCUCGCCACGCCCGCGCCCGUGCAGAAACGCACCAGAUUCUCUGUGUCGCACGACGAGGUGUCUCUGGGCAACACGUCUGACAACUUGGAAGCAGUGUCUGAAGCGGCUUCGAACCACAGCGUCACCUCCAGUCUCGAGCUCGAGACAGAAGACCAAAACGAUAAUCUUUCUGACAUGGUGUCUGCAAACGUGAGCGGGCGCGGCAGCCCCAAUAUCUCGGGCCGCGAGACCCCUUCCUCACAGGUCACCGACGGGGAUGCGGCUGGAGACGUCCCUCCGAGACGUAUGUCGCAAAAUACGCCCGCCAAUCAGACCAGCAGUAACCAGGCGAAGUUGUUGAAGCAGACGCGAAAUGAUAUAGAGGACAAGUUCUGCAAAUUUGAAAUCAAGAAGUUGCUGGAGGGUGACGAGACGAUCAGCAUAAUGUCAGAUACAUGGAGCACGGACGUGCUGGCUUCCGAUUCGGAGACCAUCGGCGACUCUGACAACACGCAGCUCGCUGCAAACCAAGGUGUUAACACAAAUAACGCCAACGCACCAGACGUGUCGGAGACUGCGAGCGAGUCGGCGUGGAGUAUGGACGUGCUCGCUUCCGACAGCGAUCGUAACACUGAGGUGGACACGGACGACUGCGUGUCGGUGGCGGCGCGCUCGGACACGUCGUGGCCGCGGCGGCCCUCCUGUGCUUCGCAUCACGACGACCUGCAGCCCGCGCACCAGUCGCAGCCGCAACCACUGCAGCCGCUGCAACCGCUGUCCGCCAAGCACGCGACUCAGAAUGGCACCAAGAAACCAGAUAUCAGCAGCCCUCGACAUACAUCGCGGUAUCUACCCAACAACCGGUACCUGAGUGCGACUGCGGCUUUGUCCCGCGGCGGUGAGUUGGACCUUGCGCCGUUGACUUCCACCGCGCACGCCGCCUUCGUGGAGAACCGCAAGAGCAUACUCGUCAACGGGUACCCGGUCAUGACGUGCUAUGCCACAUCAGCUCCUGAAAGUCCAAGCACGUCUACGCCCGCGCAGCUUCCUAACGACGUAUUAUUUGAUUAUGUUUCACACAAUGGCAGCAACACACAAACUGAAUCAACCCUCGAGGAAGCUACUGUUCAGUCAGACGCAACAAGCCAAUGGGUGGACGAUAGUUUCCCCCAACCGCAUUCGUCAUCACGCCCCUUCCCAACUGGCAAAUACGAGCACCCCUCGACUUCCAAAUCCUACGACCUCCCUUCCACUUCGAAACCUUACGACGACCAAGACAUCAUGGACCGAUCGCUGAACUCUAGUGAGAGUUCGUUCAACGCGCUCUCCGUAUCGCAGUACGAUCGUCGAUUCGAUUCGGGUAUCGAUACCGGGCGACCCGAACCGGAAUCCAGGUCCGCUAUAACCGAUCUGAUGACUCGAAUGAGCUCUGCCACGAUAUCUACUUCGGCGAAUCUAGUGAAUAAUUUAACGUCUCGAAUAGUUAAAUCGGAGAUACGUACAAGCAUCGUCAAUAUUAGCUCCUCCCGGAUAGAGAAGAAGAGAGAUGCUAGUAACAUGUCACUUAGCACUCUGUCUGUGAACAGCGCUGAGACUUCUGUGUCCGAUAAGAGUUCCAGUCAGGAUGUGAACUCAGAGAAUGUAACUGAGAGGAGAGUGAGUCCACCACUUGUCAAGAAUGCCUCUACCGGUGCAAUACCCAAAAGUAUCAGCUUCGAUGCCACCGCUGAGAAGUCUCAAGGAAGGCGUAUAAUAGGCGAGGAUGUGCUGGCCGGCAACUUAGACGAGCUGAAGAACAACAUGAAACGUUCCGGAGGCAAUUUGCUGCACAAAAUCAAAUUCUUCCGCCAAAAGGGGCGGUCGAAUCAACAACAAGCCGAUAUGAAAGUGGGUGAAGAGGAGUGCGAGGUACGCGUGUGUGCGGGCGUAGGCGCGGGCGCGGAGAUGGCGGACUGCUCGGACGAGAUCCUGGCCAAGUACCGCCGCAAGGGCUCCGGUCCCGACCCGCGCGCGCGCAAGCCUGCCCGCCGCCUCUCCGACCAACACGACCCCGACAUGGAUAAAUGCGAAGGUGUGGUAGACCUUAACGACCCGGAGGUUUUCAACAGUAUGAAACGACGGCUUCGGAUGAUCCUCUCCAACACAGAUAUGCACUGCGUGGAGUAUGUGCCUAACCGCUGUACCAGCACGUCGCUAGUGGAGUUCGUACGCGCGGGCGGGUGCGCGGAGAGCGCGGCGGUUGGGCGCGCGCUGGCGGGCGGCGGGGGCACGGGCGCGGGUGGGGGCGGGGGUGAGCGAGGCGCGCGCCUGGCAGCUGCCCUGCGCGCAGAUCUGGCCGCGCGCCGCCCGUACGCUGCCUACCUCGCCUCGUGCCGCGCCGCGCUCGCUCACAGGCACCACGACCUGCGCACGCAAAUUAAAUUAGUCCGCGAGGAGUGCAGGCAGUGCGCGCGAGCUGCAGCAGCGGCUCGUGUGCUGGAGCAGCUGGAGCGCGGCAACGCGCUGCGCCGCCUGGCGCGCCAUCACCACGCGCACAACAACCACGCGCUGCUGGUUUUGUUAUUGCGGAGCAGCUGGAGCGCGGCAACGCGCUACGCCGCCUGGCGCGCCAUCACCACGCGCACAACAACCACGCGCUGCUCAACGUGCACAGUACAUGGACGCGCUGCUGCAGCGGCGGCUCGUGUGCUGGAGCAGCUGGAGCGCGGCAACGCGCUGCGCCGCCUGGCGCGCCAUCACCACGCGCACAACAACCACGCGCUGCUCAACGGUGGCGAACUGAUGGAUGAAAAAGCGAAAAGACUGAUGGCCAGCAUUAAAGCGAUAACCGCUGAAGUGAAGGCCGACCCAUCGUGGGAAGGCGCGACGUCAACGUUGCUAGACUGCGCAGAGAUCACCGUGGAGCGUGCCGCCUUUGCGCGUCUGUAUCUACACGUGCUGUUCCCUAAUGGCGACGGCGACAUUGCACGAGAUCAGGUGCUGAGCGAGCAUGUGCGGCGGCUGGGCGCGUGCACGAGCGCGCUGCGAGCCGGUGUCGCGCCGCGCCACGCCUGGGCCGCGCCCUUCCCGCACGCACAGCAGCAGCUGCGCCAUCUGCCCGUCUACCGCACGCCUCGCGACAAGUUAUCUUGCAUAAUGCGGUGCGUGUCGUCCAUAAUGUCGGUGCUUGCGUUGACGGACGGUAGUGCGCCCUCCGCGGACGACCUCACGCCCGUGCUCGUCUACGUUAUACUAAAAGUGAACCCGCCGUCGCUACUGUCGACCAUCGAGCUGGUCAACGCGCUGGGCGGCGCGGCGCUGUGCGGCGAGGCGCUGUACUGGUGGACGCAGUUCUGCGCCGCCGUCGCCUACAUCAAGACCAUGGACUACCCGGCGGACUCCUAG